CCACCACCUAUCGGUAGGGGGCGUUGCUCACCGCUUAUAUAUCAGGUGCUCUACAGAUGCGCAUUUUAGUAUACAGGAGCUUCACUCUGUCUUACAUCAUUUCUUUUUUGUAACAUCGUGAGUUCGUGCAAUCCUUUAAAAAAAUGGAAACUGAAGAAGAUGAAAGGGUCGUCAAAAUCAAAGAAGUGUUGAAAUAUUUCCCAGAUUUUCCCAAGAAAGGGGUUAACUUUUGUGAUGUUUUACCAAUUUUACAAAACCCUCCAGUCUUCAAGGGCCUCAUUUCCAAAAUGGUUGAAAUAGUAAAAGAACAUGCUCCAGAUGUUGAACUAAUUGUUGGACUCGAAGCUAGGGGAUUCCUUUUUGGGCCUCUUAUUGCCAACGAAUUAAAUGUAGGUUUUGUUCCUAUUCGCAAGAAGGGGAAAUUGCCAGGACCAACAUAUUCAGUAAAUUACAAACUUGAAUAUGGCGAGGACUCUUUUGAAGUACAAACAACAGCUGUGAAGUCCGGUCAGAAAGUUGUUAUUGUGGAUGACCUGUUAGCGACUGGAGGAACUUUAGAGGCUGCUGUUAAGCUGAUGACAAGGGAAAAAGCAAUCGUGCAGAUGUGUCUGGUUGUGAUAAAGGCAAAGGAAUUUAUUGGCAAACUAACGGAUAUACAAGUGCCUGUAAAUUCCAUCAUAGAAAUGUAAAGACUUUUCAUCCGUUUCUGCUGAAAAUGGUUUUAUUUGGACUUAUCAUGACUUGCUGUUUCCAUGAUAACUCUGGUUGAUUUAUGGAUUAUUAAUCAAAAUGUUUUUUUUUUUUCUUUUUCUUAAAUCACUUUGAAAAUAAUGUUUGUGAAGAUUGUACUCAUUCCGGUCUGUUUCUGAAACGUUUUUUUAAGGUCAUGUCCUUGGACCUUUUGAUUUCCAUAUUUUUCCGGAAGAUUUUUAUACACUUUUAUAGCUAAAUUA